AUGGGUCGGCACGACCGGAGUGAUACCACGGCCUCACAGAAGACCUGCGUGAAACAACCACAGCGUGGUGUUUCGCCCGAGCCUGCUGAGCGGGUAGGAUGCGGCGGCAUGCACCGCAUCGUGCUGCUAAUGGCGGUGCUCACGAGGGCCAUCGCCCCCUUUGCUAACGUCACAGGUCCACCGACAACGGAACCGAGUAACCCGCCAGCGUCCACCAUGAUGACGCCGCCACCAACAGUCUUCCGAAACCUCAGGGUCACCAGUAAACCAAGGAAGAUGAAGCAGGGGAAAGUAGACUCGCCGAUGCUGAACUAUAUAUUCGACUCUUAUGCCACAAGCAAUAAGCAUUUUCAUGACAAAUUUCGUCCACCGUCGUUUGAAGAAAAGGCUUCAGAAGACACAAUAAUAGACGCAGACACAGGUUCAACCGUUAUUUUCGACUGUAAAGUGACUGCACUAAGGGAUAAAACGGUGUCAUGGAUAAGAGUAUCGGAAGAUGAGAAUUUGGAACUUUUAACUGUGGACCUGGAUACGCACACGUCUGAUUUUAGAUACAGGGUAGAUUUAGCUGGUGAAAAUUGGAAGCUGGCUUUAGCAGACGCAAAGGUUCAAGACUCUGGUGUAUAUUGCUGUCAUGUUUCAACUCAUCCACCCAUGUUGAGGAGGUAUCAGCUAACUGUACAUCCACCCUCAAUAAAGAUGAGCAAAGAGGCGUUUUUAGAGACUGGUGAGACCCUGUCUCUCAAAUGCGCUAUUCUCCAUCUGCACCCUGGUGAUGUGGUUCCAGAGAUGCACUGGUAUCGAGGCAACAAUACAACCUCCUUGGAUGAAAUUCGAGGAGGAGUCCUCAUUGAAACUGAUCAAUUGACCUUGACUAGUCAUUUGCAGGUGGCUCGUCUGAAGGUGGAAGAUGCAGGCAACUACACCUGCUCCUUGGAAUCACCUGUUCAAAUGAAGGCAACUACAAGAGUCCAUGUGUUACAAGGUUAG